CACGAGCAGGAGCUGCCCGGCGCGAGGAGAGCCAGAGUCGGCGCCGAGACCCAGCCCGGCCCUGAGGAGAAUGUCCCAGAAAUCCUGGAUAGAAAAUACUUUCACCAAGAGAGAGUGUGUGUAUAUUAUACCAAGUUCAAAAGACCCCCACAGAUGCCUUCCAGGAUGUCAAAUUUGUCAGCAGCUUGUCAGGUGCUGUUGUGGCCGCUUGGUCAGACAACAUGCCUGUUUUACUGCAAGUCUUGCUAUGAAAUACUCCGAUGUGAAGCUGGGUGAAAACUAUAAUCAGGAAAUAGAAGAAUGGUCAGUGGAAAAACAUACAGAACAGACUCCUACUGAUGCUUAUGGUGUUGUCAACUUUCAAGGUGGCUCUCAUUCUUAUAGGGCGAAGUAUGUGCGGUUGUCAUAUGACACUAAGCCUGAAGCUAUUCUGCAACUUAUGCUUAAAGAAUGGCAGAUGGAGUUGCCGAAGCUUGUUAUAUCUGUACAUGGAGGCAUGCAGAAAUUUGAACUUCACCCACGCAUCAAGCAGUUGCUUGGCAAAGGUCUUAUUAAAGCUGCAGUAACAACAGGAGCCUGGAUUAUAACUGGAGGAGUUAACACAGGUGUUGCAAAACAUGUUGGUGAUGCUCUAAGAGAACAUGCUUCCAGAUCAUCUCGAAAGAUUUGCACUAUUGGGAUUGCUCCGUGGGGAGUAAUUGAAAACAGAAAUGACCUUGUUGGAAGAGAUGUGGUUGCUCCAUAUCAAACCUUGUUAAACCCAUUAAGUAAAUUAAAUGUCCUAAAUAAUCUCCAUUCCCAUUUCAUUCUGGUGGAUGAUGGAACAGUUGGCAAGUAUGGAGCAGAAGUUAAAUUACGGAGAGAACUGGAAAAAACUAUUAAUUUGCAACGGAUCCAUGCAAGAAUUGGCCAAGGUGUGCCUGUGGUAGCACUUGUAUUUGAAGGCGGACCGAAUGUCAUACUCACGGUUUUAGACUUCCUUCAAGAAAGUCCUCCUGUACCAGUGGUAGUAUGUGAAGGAACUGGUAGAGCUGCAGACAUAUUGGCAUAUGUUCACAAGCAAACGGAGGAGGGAGGAAAUGUUCCUGAGGGUGCAGAGCCUGAAAUCAUUUCAACCAUCAAAAAGACGUUUAAUUUUGGUCAAAGUGAAGCAGUUCACCUGUUUCAGACAUUGCUGGAAUGCAUGAAAAAAAAAGAACUUAUUACUGUUUUUCAUAUUGGGUCAGAUGAACAUCAAGACAUUGAUGUUGCGAUACUUACAGCAUUGCUAAAAGGCACAAAUGCAUCUGCCUUUGACCAGCUUGUCCUUACACUUGCGUGGGAUAGAGUUGACAUUGCCAAAAAUCAUGUUUUUGUUUAUGGACAGCAAUGGCUGGUUGGCUCUCUGGAACAGGCUAUGUUAGAUGCCCUUGUGAUGGAUAGAGUUGCAUUUGUGAAACUUCUGAUUGAAAACGGCGUAAGCAUGCACAAAUUUCUCACAAUUCCCAGGCUGGAAGAACUUUAUAAUACAAAACAAGGUCCAACUAACCCAACACUCUUUCAUCUUGUUCGGGAUGUCAAACAGGGAAAUCUUCCUCCAGGAUAUAAAAUCAACCUGAUUGAUGUGGGGCUGGUUAUUGAAUAUUUGAUGGGAGGAACCUAUAGAUGCACCUAUACAAGAAAACGCUUUAGAGCUAUAUACAAUAGUCUCAGCGGGAACAAUCGGCGAUCUGGACGAAAUCCUUCAAAUAAUACUCCUCAGAUGUGUAAAAGCCAUGAGCCUUUUGGUAACAGGGCAGAUAAGAAAGAAAAAAUGAGACAUAAUCACUUCAUCAAAACAGCACAGCCAUAUAAACCAAAGAUUGACACUGGUGCAGAAGAGGGAAAAAAGAAAAGAACCAAAGAUGAAAUAGUAGACAUAGAUGAUCCUGAAACAAGACGUUUUCCAUAUCCUCUCAACGAGCUGUUACUUUGGGCAGUGUUAAUGAAGAGACAGAAGAUGGCCCUCUUCUUCUGGCAGCAUGGGGAGGAGUCCAUGGCUAAAGCUUUAGUUGCUUGCAAAGUGUACCGUUCAAUGGCAUAUGAAGCAAAACAAAGUGACCUUGUUGAUGAUACUUCUGAAGAGUUGAAACAGUAUUCCAAUGAGUUUGGUCAGCUGGCAGUUGAACUGUUAGAGCAGUCCUUCCGACAAGAUGAGACCAUGGCAAUGAAAUUACUCACCUAUGAGCUUAAAAAUUGGAGUAACUCAACUUGUCUGAAGCUAGCAGUGUCCUCAAGGCUUCGUCCGUUUGUAGCUCAUACUUGUACACAAAUGUUGUUAUCAGAUAUGUGGAUGGGAAGGUUGAAUAUGAGGAAGAAUUCAUGGUACAAGGUGAUACUGAGUAUUUUACUCCCGCCUGCUAUACUGCUGUUGGAAUAUAAGACCAAGGCUGAAAUGUCACAUAUUCCUCAGUCUCAGGAUGCACAUCAAAUGGCAAUGGAUGAUAGCGAAAACAACUUCCAAAAUGCAGCAGAUGAAAUACCUAUGGAGGUGUUUAAAGAAGUAAGGAUCUUGGACAGUGCUUCAGAAAAGCCUGAUAUGGAGACACCAGUAAAACCAAAAAGGCUUCCAAUUACACAGAAAUUUUAUGCAUUUUAUCAUGCCCCAAUUGUGAAGUUUUGGUUUAAUACGUUGGCAUACUUAGGAUUUCUCAUGCUUUACACGUUUGUGGUCCUUGUGAAAAUGGAAGAAUUACCAUCUGUUCAAGAGUGGAUUGUUAUCGCUUACAUUUUCACAUCGGCAAUUGAGAAAAUUCGUGAGAUCUUUAUGUCAGAGGCUGGCAAGAUUAAUCAGAAGAUUAAAGUGUGGUUUAGUGAUUACUUCAAUAUCAGUGACACAGUUGCCAUUAUCACUUUCUUCAUUGGGUUUGCGUUAAGAUUUGGAGCAAAGGGGAACUUUGGUGAAAACACUUACAAAGAAAAUUAUGUUUUUGUUGCUGGAAGAAUAACAUAUUGUCUCAAUAUAAUUUUUUGGUAUGUGCGGUUACUGGAUUUUCUAGCUGUAAAUCAACAGGCUGGCCCUUAUGUUAUGAUGAUUGGGAAAAUGGUGGCCAACAUGUUUUACAUUGUGGUGAUUAUGGCACUUGUACUGCUUAGUUUUGGUGUUCCUAGGAAGGCAAUAUUGUAUCCUAAUGAAGCACCAUCUUGGACUCUUGCUAGAGAUAUUGUGUUUCAUCCAUACUGGAUGAUUUUUGGUGAAGUGUAUGCAUAUGAAAUUGAUGUAUGUGCAAAAAAUUCUGAUCAACAAGUUGCUCAUCUCUGUGGGCCAGGAACAUGGUUGACCCCAUUUCUUCAAGCUGUCUACCUCUUUGUACAGUACAUUAUUAUGGUUAAUCUCCUUAUUGCAUUUUUCAACAAUGUGUAUUUACAAGUAAAGGCAAUUUCAAACAUAGUGUGGAAGUAUCAACGUUACCAUUUCAUUAUGGCCUACCAUGAGAAACCUGUUCUUCCUCCACCACUUAUUAUUCUUAGCCACAUGGCUUCCCUGUUUUGUUGUAUAUGUAAAAGAAGAAAGAAAGACAAGACUUCAGAUGGGCCAAAGCUGUUCCUGACAGAAGAGGAUCAAAAGAAACUUCAUGAUUUUGAAGAGUUGUGUGUUGAGAUGUAUUUCAAUGAAAAGGAUGAUAAAUUCCAUUCUGGAAGUGAGGAGAGGAUUCGAGUCACUUUUGAACGAGUGGAACAAAUGUGCAUUCAGAUAAAGGAAGUCAGUGAUCGUGUCAACUAUAUAAAACGGUCACUGCAGUCUUUAGAUUCACAGAUUGGCCAUCUACAGGAUCUGUCUGCUCUGACUGUGGACACUCUGAAAACACUGACUGCACAGAAAGCUUCAGAAGCUAGCAAGGUUCAUAAUGAAAUUACACGGGAGUUGAGCAUUUCAAAACAUUUGGCACAAAACCUCAUCGAUGAUGGCUCUCUACGAUCUUCUGUAUGGAAAAAACACAGCAUUGGAAAUGUCAUUGGUCCUUUUGCGCAAGGAGGCCUUGAAAGAAAUAAUGCUUUACUCUGUAACAUUCCUAUACGUGAUGACAGAGAAGGCCAACAUAAGACAAUUGGUCAGGAGUUAGCUCCAGUUCCCCGAAGAGAAGAAAUAAACUUUCAAGAGGCAGGUUCCUCAGGCAGUGCCUUAUUUCCAAAUGCUGUUUCUCCUCCAGAACUUCGUCAACGAAUACAGGCUGCAGAGAUCUCAAAAUCCAGUAGUAGAAGUAAAAAAUUAGGCAAUUCAUCCAACAGCAUGCCGCAUGUAACUUCCCCAACAGCUAAAUUUUUUGUUAGCACGCCAUCUCGGCCCAGUUGCAAAAGUCAGCUGGAUUCUUCAGUAAAGCAUGAAGAGACUGUUUGCUCUAAGGCUACAGAAGGAGAUAAUAAUGUAGAAUUUGGUGCAUUUGUAGGUCACAGAGACAGCAUGGAAUUACAGCGGUUUAAAGAGGCAGCAAACAGAGGGAAAGAAAGAAGCGCUGAUAUUGAGGAGCAACAGGAAGACUUCAAAAAAGCUAUAUUGGAGGGUAUAGAGACAACCAGACUUCAGAGUCUUCAAACUGACUCCAGUCUGAGACAGUCUAGUUCUUGUGGUGGAUUUACUGACUAUCCUCUGAAUCCUUUGGCAGUCCAUUCUGAACAACUAUAUAACAAGAGUAGAAGAGCAUCAAGUGAAGAUACUCAGCAGGUAGACUCUAAGGCAGCCUUGCUGACGGAUUGGUUACAAGGCAGACCUUCAAAUAGCAGUCAAAUGCCAUCUGAAGAAGAUGCUUUGAAUGGUAUUGCUUCUCCUUUCAAGCCUAUCAUGGAUAUCAAUUACUAUUACUCAGCUGUAGAAAGAAAUAACUUGAUGAGGUUAUCACAGAGCAUUCCAUUCACUCCUGUGCCUCCAAGAGGUGAACCAGUCACUGUGUAUCGCCUUGAAGAAAGUUCUCCCAACAUCUUGAACAACAGCAUGUCUUCCUGGUCACAACUAGGACUUUGUGCUAAAAUUGAAUUUUUGAGUAAAGAGGAGAUGGGAGGAGGUUUACGUCGAGCCCUUAAAGUAGUAUGCACAUGGUCAGAAUAUGAUAUCCUGAAAUCGGGACAUCUUUAUAUCAUCAAGUCUUUUCUUCCUGAAGUUGUGAAUACUUGGUCAAGCAUUUAUAAAGAGGACACUGUGUUACACUUGUGCUUGAGAGAAAUUCAACAACAGAGGGCAGCACAGAAGCUCACAUUUGCUUUCAAUCAGAUGAAGCCCAAAUCCAUUCCAUACUCUCCAAGGUUCCUGGAAGUUUUCCUGUUAUAUUGCCACUCUGCUGGUCAGUGGUUUGCAGUUGAAGAGUGCAUGACUGGAGAGUUUAGAAAAUAUAACAACAACAACGGUGAUGAAAUAAUUCCAACUAACAUGCUAGAGGAGGUUAUGCUAGCUUUCAGCCAUUGGACAUAUGAGUAUACAAGAGGGGAAUUGUUGGUACUUGAUCUGCAAGGUGUUGGUGAAAAUUUGACAGAUCCUUCUGUGAUAAAAGCUGGAGAAAAAAGGUCAUAUGAUAUGGUGUUUGGCCCAGCCAAUUUAGGAGAGGGUGCAAUAAAAAACUUCAGAGCUAAGCAUCACUGUAACUCCUGUUGCAGGAAACUUAAACUUCCCGAUCUGAAGAGGAAUGAUUACACACCUGACAAGAUUAUAUUUCCUCAGGAUGAUUCCCCUGAAUUGACAAUUCAGCCUGGAAGCUGCACCAAAGAAUCUGAUUCAGCUAAUUCUAUUCGUCUGAUGCUCUAAUGAUGUGACCA